AAUCGUUUUGUAUUUUUUGAAGGAACUAUAGCUCUAGAAAAUCGUGGAUCAAUGUCCGUGCUGGGAUUCUUCUUCAUGCCUCACAGAAUGAAACAAAGACGUCGGGAUUCAUGGCGACAGCCAUCUCUGAUGCUCUCCGUGUUGGUUUGGUUUUCUUUUGUCAGCGCAGCCUCUUCCCAGCUGAAAUACUCCAUACCUGAAGAGCUGAAAGAGGGGACUUUUGUUGGGAAUUUAGCCAAGGAUUUGGGAAUAGAUGCGAAUGUGAUGAAACGGAGGGGAUUUCGUAUCAUGGCAGGCUCGAGCGAUCCUGUUUUUAAGCUGAAUGAAAACGACGGGGCUCUGUAUUCUAACCAGCAAAUAGACCGAGAGGAAGUAUGUAAGGAUAACAAUGCAUGUGUGAUUAAUCUGAAAACAGUGCUUGAAAACCCGCUAGAAAUACAUUAUGUUGCAGUGGAAAUUACGGAUUUAAAUGACCACUCCCCCACAUUUCAUGAAAAAACAAAAACAAUAGAAAUUUCAGAGGUCGCUUUGCCUGGAACACAAUAUCAGUUACAGAAAGCUUUGGAUCCAGAUGGAGGAACAAACUCCAUUAAGCAGUAUACAAUCAGUCAAAAUGAUCAUUUCCGUUUAGAAGUGCAAGACCGAGGAAAAGAUGGUAAAACUCCUGUUUUACAGUUGCAGAAACAACUGGAUAGAGAGACCAAAAGUCAGCAUAAAUUAGUGCUUAAAGCUAUAGAUGGAGGAAGUCCAGCAAAAACGGGCACAGCUGAAAUAUUGAUUGAAGUUUUAGAUAUUAAUGAUAACAUGCCAUUAUUCACUAAAGAUAAAUAUUCAGCUUUGCUAGAAGAAAACUCACCAAUUGACUUAAAAAUUAUUCAGGUCAAUGCAACUGAUUUGGAUGCUGGUUCUAAUGGAGAGGUGGUUUAUUCAUUCGGGAGCGGCGUAAAAGAUAAAAUAAAAAAUCUCUUUGGCAUUGAUUCUGUUACUGGGGACAUUUUUGUUAGCGGUCAAAUAGACUUUGAAGAGCAAGACAGUUAUGUCAUCGAUAUCCAGGCCUCUGACAAAGGCACUAGCCCAUUACGAACUUUAAGAAAUGUUUUUAUCCAAAUAGUGGACACAAACGACAAUCCUCCUGAGAUAGAGGUAGCCUCCCUGUCAGGUUCAGUUUCAGAGGACUCCAGACCAGGAACAACAGUAGCACUUAUCAGCAUUACAGACUCAGACUCUGGGGUUAAUGGUAAAAUUAUCAGUUAUGUGGCUGAAGAAAGUCCGUUCACUUUAACUCCAUCAAUCCAAGAUCACAUGUUCGCUGUGGUCACCGAGUCUCUGCUGGACAGAGAACAACAAUCAAAAUAUGAUCUUACAAUAAUAGCAAAGGAUGCAGGUGAACCAGCAUUAACAUCUGAAAAGAAUAUUAUCAUUCAUGUGUCAGAUACCAAUGAUAACAGUCCCAAGUUUUCAGAGAACCCCUACACGUUCUAUGUGACAGAAAACAACCAACCAGGAGCGUCUGUGUUUUCAGUGCGAGCAUCUGACCAGGAUGAAGGAGAUAAUGCAGCAAUUUCAUAUCAUAUUCACAGGGAAGCAGGCAGUGAACAUAAAGUGAUGUCAUUCCUAAACAUAAACUCUGAAACUGGAGAAAUCGUUGCAAUGAAGAGUUUUGACUUUGAAACAUUGAAAACUUUCCAGUUCCAAGUUGUGGCCACAGAUUCUGGAGCUCUGUCUCUGAGCAGCAACGUGACAGUGAACGUGUUCAUUCUGGAUCAAAAUGAUAACAUACCAAUAUUCACUAACGAUAAAUAUUCAGCUUUGCUAGAAGAAAACUCUCCAGUUGGAACAACAGUUAUUCAGGUGAAUGCAACUGAGUUGGAUUCUGGCUCUAAUGGAGAGGUUGUUUAUUCAUUUGGAAGUGAUGUCAAAAGUAAAAUUCAUGACAAGUUUGAUAUUGACAUUGUUACUGGGGAGAUAAUAAUCAAAGGAUAUGUUGACUACGAAGAUGAAGACAGUUAUGACAUAAUUGUACAAGCCUCUGAUAAAGGAAGCAUUUCCUUCAAAACGUACACAAGUGUAAUAAUUCAAAUAGUGGACACAAACGACAAUCCUCCUGAGAUAGAGGUAGCCUCCCUGUCAGGUGCAGUUUCAGAGGACUCCAGACCAGGAACAACAGUAGCACUUAUCAGCAUUACAGACUCAGACUCUGGGGUUAAUGGUAAAAUAAUCAGUUAUGUGGCUGAAGAAAGUCCGUUCACUUUAACCCCAUCAAUACAAGAUCACAUGUUCGCUGUGGUCACCAAGUCUCUGCUGGACAGAGAACAACAAUCAAAAUAUGAUCUUACAAUAAUAGCAAAGGAUGCAGGGAAGCAGGCGGUGAACAUAAAGUGA